AGCCGAUAUAUAAGAUAAUUUUGAACAUUUCUCCAUCGCAUUUUGUAAAUUAUACGCAUGAUCCGUGUUGUGUUAAAACGUCCUAGCUGUCAAGUUUUAGUGUCUGUGAUUUUUUUUUAAUUUUCGGGUAUUUUUGUGAUGUGUUUUUAGUGGCCUUUCUUUAUUAGAAAAUCAAACUAAUACAAAAUGCGAUACAGAAACCUUGUGAUAUUUUUCGGGUUCAUAGUAACCUUGAUCUACAAAGCCAACGCCAAAUCCAAAUGUAUAACACCCAUGGGUGUAACUAAGCCGCGAAACAGAAACGACGUCGGAAGAUAUAUACUGGACAUUCCAGGCAACCCUAAAACCUACAUGCCAGGCGAAAAAUACAAUGUUUCCCUAAAGGUGAAUCCGAUUUCGAGAACGCCGAGAAGUUUUAAGAACUUCAUGGUAACACUAGAAUCAGAAGUGGACGACUCAACGUACGAUCCGAACACGAUCCAAAACGUGGGAAGGUUCCAAUUCGGUUACGACUUGCUUUCCAUGUCAUCCAACAUUUGCCCCAACACCAUAAUCGAAUCUAACGCUUUGCUGAAAACGGAAGUUCAACUUUUCUGGAUAGCGCCUCCUCCAAACAGUGGGUGCGUAUCAAUUAAAGCCACAGUGGUUGAGUCUAAAGAGAAUUGGUACAGUGAAGAUGGAGAACUGACUAAAGUUCUGUGCGAGGAAACGUCUGAUAAUGAGGACACUCAACCUCCUAUUUUGAAACAUUGCUGCGCUUGCGAGGAAGCCAAAUACGAAAUUGGGUUCGAAGGUUUAUGGACAAGGAAUACACACCCUAAAGAUUUCCCAUCAGACGUCUGGAGCACAAAGUUCAGUGAAAUUAUCGGAGCUUCGCAUAAAAACGGACACACCUUCUGGCGGUACGGAGAUAUUGCCAGUGAUGGAGUUGCUGAACUGUCACAGACUGGUAACACCAGGAAGCUGGAGGAAGAACUCAAAGACAUGAGUGAAAACAUCAGGACGAUCAUCAAAGCGAAAGGUUUACACUAUCCAAACAUCACCUUGACAUCAUUCGCAGUCUUCAGAGUGGACAAUCAGAACCAUCUCAUAUCUGUAAUGUCUAAAAUCAUGCCGUCACCAGACUGGAUUGUGGGUGUUUCCAACCUAGAACUGUGCAAAUCCGAUUGCACAUGGGAAGAAAGCAGAGUUCUAAACUUGUUCCCUUGGGACGCCGGAACUGACGACGGCUACUCCUACACCUCACCCAGUGAGCCUUCACUUGUUCGCCAACCGAUGCGCAGGAUUAAAUCGAACAGUCCAAACGAUCCAAGAUCUCCGUUUUACAAUGAACAAGGCGAGGACAUGAAACCGAUAGCGAAGCUGCGAUUGAACCGACGAAGAUUAUACGAAAAAGUGUGCGACCCAUCGUUACGCAUGUACCAACCGGACGGAGAAUUAGAAGAUGACGAAACUGGACCAUGCGCGACGACACCAUGGAACGACUGGUCGGCUUGUUCCAAUCCUUGCGGGCCCGGAUUCAUGUACAGGCAGAGAAGUUACGUAACGCCUGAGAACGAAGAGGACUGUAACAAAAUAUUGGUGGAGAACCAGCGCUGCUUCGGCAAGUCCAGGGGAUGUAAUUUGGAGGAUGGAGAUGAGGGAGUCACUACAGGUGAGGAAGAAGAAACGACGGAAGAAGCGGUACCGGAGGAUGAAAGAUGCGAACUUGGAGAAUGGAGUGAGUGGUCCAGUUGCAGUGCGGUUUGCGGCAAGGGUACCAGAACGAGAGACAGGAAGUACAAGUAUCCACAAUUUUCUGAGUUAUGUGGAGGCGAUUUGCAAGAGAACGAAGAGUGCGACGGUGCUGAGGAAUGUGAGGAAAACUCACAGGAGACUGACAUGCCGGAAGAAUGCUUGUCCGUCGAAAUUUGGGGAGAGUGGAGUCCAUGUAACGAAACUUGUGGAACUGGUAUUAAGGUGCGGUACAGAACAAUGAAAGACGAUGGAGAAGAUAAUUGUCCAAAUCUACCACAACAGGAAAUCGUGGAAUGUUAUGAGCCACCUUGUCAUAUCGAAAACUUCGAUCUGUCAAUACCUACGCGCAAUCAAGUAUCGGAGUGGCCGCGUGAAAAUUCCGCAAAAGUUAUCAAUUGCAAAGUAACUAAAUGGAGUCCUUGGAGUGCCUGCAAGAUCACCAACGGAGAAUCAUGCGGCAAAGGCUAUAUGCAACGAAUCAGAUAUAUUAAGGUGCACCCGAAAAACGGUGGUAAAAAAUGUCCAACUUCACUAUUUAAACGCAAAAAAUGCAACAUCCCCUGUGAAGAAGAGACGGAGCCACCAACUGAAGACCCUAACGAAACGUCUCCAAUGUGGGGUCCUGGAUUUGCUUCCACGGACGAGAAUGAAAAACAGCAGGAAUACUCGGGUAAUGAAUGCAUAAUGUCCGAUUGGACGAAAUGGUCACCUUGCAGUACAAUUUGUGGUGGCUCUUCGUUCAGACAGAGAACCAGAUAUCCGGUUUACCAGCCGAAGGGGGUUGAGUGUCCGGAGAGGCUCCAGGAGAAGAAAUGUCCGCUACCUUUGGCGUGUACCGACACCGGAAAGGCACCUUUGUAGUUAAAUAAUAUGAAUUUAUUUUAAUUAGUUAAGAUUUUGUACGGUCUGAUUUUUAAACUUAAGAUAUAUUUAUUAGGAUAAAUUAUUAUUAAAUUAUACUGGUUUUCUUG